ACCAGCAGCCCCCGUUCCCCGCGGCCCCUGUUCCCGGCGCACACCGGCUGUCCCCCGUUCCGUGGCCCCGGUCCCAGCGCACCCCUCAGCCCCACCGGGCGGGUGGCCGCGCAUGCGCCCUGCGGCGGCGCUGUCCGUUCAGCACCACGCGGACCCGCCGGACCCGCCGCUGCCGAUUGUUUACAGAUGCAGAAAGAGCAUCAGAGGCCGUUACUGUAUUGUAGAGGUGUGUGCUGAGACACAGCUUUACACCAUCAGGAUGUCCAGUGAAGCCAGAAACCUAGGAUUACAAUGGGCUGCCUGAGGAUGCAUCGCCUCUCAACUCGGACAUCUCAGGGUUGCCGGGAACCUGCCUUGCUGUGCCUGUGCCACCCUGCUGGGCUCCAGACCUGACACCUCUGUGCCCUCUUCCUGCAGGAUGGCCCAAGCGGGGGGACCUGUCCGCUUCCACCCCGAGGAGGGCUGUGCUGCCUCACCCCCGCCAUUUGCCCACAGAGUGAGCCGGAGACCUUGGCUGGCUGGGGGAAGCCUCGAGACUGGACGGCACAGCCCCCCGCCCUGCCUCACCCCCAACCUCAACGCCGGCCGCCUCCACCUGCUGCGCAAGGGCCUGGCGCCUGAUACCCGCCGCUGCCCCCUCGGUCUGUACAGCAGCACCGGCUCUUUGGCCCGCAGGCCGGCUGAGGCGGCACCCUUUGGCAAUGGGAGCUGUGCGGGCACAGGGCGACUGACUGCCCCCUGCACCCCACGGCGGGGCCGGCCUGGCCCAGCCAUCGCCUCCCUGGGCAGACGCAGCCCACCAGAGACGGCAGCUCCGGAGGGACACAGCUCUGUCGUCACCUUCCGCUUCAUUGAGAAGGCCAGUGUGCAGACCCUGGGGAGCCCGACAACAUCCCAUGUCCGCUGGGAGAAUGGUCCCUACAGCCUCAGCCGCAGCCUGGAGCUCACUGGGGACAUGGGAUCCCCCCAACCCCAGACCCUGCCCCAGGAGCGGCUCCUGCACACACUGAAGCUGGAAGCCUCCGCAUCUGACCCGCUCCUGGCCGGGGGCCGGACCCCAGGGGGGAUGCAUCCCUGUGGGAAGGAGUUCUGUGCCAUUGACACCAGCUGCCUCUGCCGAUCCCUCACCAAUGGGCUGCCAGAGGAGUUCUCCACCUUCUCCAGAAAUCCCCUGAAGCCAGAGCCUCGUCCCCAAGGCAACGCUUGGCUGUACCCCCGGCAGAGCUCGGCCCAUGCCCAGCGCAUUGCCAAGGCCAAGUGGGAAUUCUUCUAUGGCUCCUCAGAUGCCCCAAAGACAGGCUCUUCUGCCCCAGACUCCACUCCCUUGGCUGAGUCUCCCCAGAAGCCUGUCUCCCCACUGCCUGCCAAGCCACCAGUGUCAGUACCUGAGCACAGUCUGAGCCAUGUGGAAGUGGAGAUAGAAGUGUCUCCUCUGGGCAGCCAGAAGCCUGGCUCCUGUGAGACUGGGAUUAUAAGGAGGACAGUGAAGUACUCCGAGACAGACUUGGACACUGUUCCACUGAGGUGCUAUCGUGAAACCAACAUCGAUGACAUCCUGGCCGAGAAGGAAGAGGUGGAUUCAGCAAUUGAGAGCCAGAAGGACAGUGAGAGCAACCCAAGCUUUGGGGGCACUCCAGGCAGAAGGAACAGCACACCAGAGGAGCCUCCCACCCCAGGCACUGGCUGCUUGAAGGAUGGGCUGCGGGACAGGGACGUGGACGAGGACAAUGAGGUGUUCGCGGCAAUGAAGAGGGAGAACAGGGAAAGGAUCAUGGAUCGAGACACACAGGGUAUGCUCAAGUCUCCAGUGCCCUUCCUAGGGCACAGCCUCUCCAAGGAUGGCAUGGACUCUUUCAGCAAGCAUUUUGAGACCAUCAUGGAGUCCCAUCGAGCCAAAGGCACAUCUUACACCAGUCUGGACUCCAUUGAUAUCCUUUCCUCCCCAGCCCGCACCCAUGGGACCUUUUUUACUUUUGACCUCCCGACCCUCACCCCAGAAAUACAGGGACAAAUCCGAGACAGCGCCAAGCUGAUUGAGGAGAACUUUGCUCCUCUGGCUCAUUUGGAGCCAGACUCUGGGACCAGUUCAGCCACAGAUGCCCCCUGGACAGAGAGGGAGGAGGAGCGGGGGAGAAGACGGAAGGGUGCUUGGCACAGCCCUUGCCACUCAGUGGACAGCUUUGGUACUCCCUUGGCCUCCAACACGAGUGACCACCCCCAGAGCCAGCUGGUUUCAGAUUCGGAGUCGGAGAUGGACAGCGUGGAGCAUCUGGUCCUGGGCAGCACAGACACCCUUUCCAAUGGGCACAAGGCUGACCUGGAGGCCGCCAAACGCCUGGCCAAGAGGCUCUACAACCUGGAUGGCUUUAAAAAAGCAGAUGUGGCUCGCCACUUGGGGAAGAAGUACGUCAAUGAGUUCAGCAGGAUGGUGGCAGGGGAAUAUCUGAAGUUCUUCGUGUUCACAGGGAUGAGCCUGGACCAGGCUCUCAGGUCCUUUCUAAAAGAGCUGGCCUUGAUGGGAGAGACGCAAGAGCGAGAGCGAGUGCUGGCUCAUUUUUCUCAGCGCUAUUAUGAGUGUAAUCCCAAUGCCAUCCCUUCAGAAGAUGGAGCCCACACCCUCACCUGUGCUCUGAUGCUGCUAAACACAGAUCUGCAUGGACAUGCACUGUACGGCUCCAUCAAGAACGAGAAGCUGCAGUGGGCCAUAGAUGAGGAGGAGCUGAGAAAAUCCCUCUCGGAACUGGCAGACCCCAACCCAAAGUCCAUCAAGCGCAUCAGCAGCUGCAGUAACCCCUUUCUGGACUUCUCUCAGGACUCCAGCAUUACCACCUACAAGCAUGGGCUGCUAGUCCGCAAGAUCCACGCUGAUCCUGACUGCAAGAAAACACCCCGAGGGAAGCGCGGCUGGAAGCCCUUCCAUGCCAUCCUGAAGGGGAUGAUUCUCUACCUGCAGAAGGAGGAAUAUAAGCCAGGGAAGGCGCUGGCAGAAGAGGAGCUGAAGAAUGCUAUUAGCAUCCACCAUUCGCUUGCCACACGGGCGUCUGACUACAGCAAGCGACCAAAUGUCUUCUACCUCAGGACAGCUGACUGGAGGGUCUUCCUCUUCCAAGCACAGAACCCUGAACAGAUGCACUCGUGGAUCACACGCAUCAACGUGGUGGCAGCCAUGUUCUCUGCACCCCCUUUCCCCGCAGCCAUCGGCUCCCAGAAGAAGUUCAGCCGCCCGCUGCUGCCCAGCUCGUGCACCAGGCUCUCCCAGGAGGAGCAGGUGAAGAACCAUGAGACCAAGUUUAAGACGAUGUCAGCAGAGCUGCUGGAGCAUCGCUCCUCGCUGCCUGAGAAGAAGGUGAAGGGCAAGGAGUAUGAGGAGCUAAAGCAGAAGGAAGAGUACCUGGAGUUUGAGAAAUCCCGCUAUGGCACCUACGCCAUGCUGCUGCGGGCCAAGCUGAAGGCUGGCUCCGAGGACCUGGCAGCAUUUGAGUCCACCCUGUUUGACACAGCGGGUGGGGAGGACGAUGGCCUGAAAAAAUCCCGCUCCAGCCCCUCGCUCAACGCAGAGCCCUCCAGCACGGCCACCAAGGUGAAGCGCAACGUCUCGGAGCGCACUGGCCGUCAGUCCCCCGGCCACCCUCAGAAGUCCUAAGUGAGGGGCAUCGGCCGCCUGCGCUGCAGCUCCGUUCCUGCCUCCCCAGCACGGGGGUGGAGGCCGUGUGCCCGCCGAGACCCUGCAUGUGUCCAUCUGUUUGCGGCACGAGCUAGAGGGGGCGACAGCCCUUCUGCAGCCGCCAGCACCAGCCAUGCAGGGCCACGGCCCCUCCACCGGAGACGGUGGCAGAGCAGGACAGUCCCCGGUCCUUGCCUGCAGGAGCUGCCCACACCAUCGGCCUCAUCAGACUUGUUCCUGCCCCUCCUUGUCCUGCAUUUGGCUGCAGGACCUACUCUUCUGCCCCAGGGAAGGGGAACAACUGAAACCCACCUGCUGGGCUCAAUUUUUCAAUGGUUUAAAAAAAAAGACAAAAAUGCAGCAAAACAAAGCCAGCGGCUGCUUCUUCUCCAGCUCCGUCGUGCCAUGAGGGUAGAUGGGAGGGGACCAGUCCUAGCCUGUCCCCUCUUCUGGGGCUGGUGGCCAGGGAAACCAGGGCAAUGGCACCUGGUCCCCUCCCUGCCACCUCAGUCACCUCUGCACCCUCCCCGCUUUCUUACAACUUUUGAACAGUUUUUGUGAUACAGUUUUGCACUUUUUAGUACCAGAUUGAGCUGACCACCAGGGAGGGUUUUUUGGGGCUACUUUUGAUGCUUUUUGGGAACUGUUUAAAAAAAACAAACAACAGAAACUCAGCCAUUUCCUGUAGGCACUGCAUUCUGGGGGAAAGAGGCUUUUACAAGGACCAGGGGAGAUCCAGCUCCUCCCUGCCCUGCAGCAAGCUGAGCAUGGGCUCCUGUGUGUGCUGCUGCUGCCUGCUUCCCCAGCUCCACUUUGGCACCAGCAACCCUUUGGGGAAACAGCCCUGUGGCUGCCAGCAACAAGGAAGCAGCCUUGGGAUGGCAGCAUCCAUUGCUGCACUUGUGGCUGCAUAAGAGGCUGAUGGGCCGGUGCUUCAUGACCCCCAUUCCCCUUUUCCCACCCAGCAGCCUGGACAGGCCCUGUUUGCACCAUGUGGGAGUGAUCACCAUCCUUGGGGCAUGUUGGGCAGCAGUGUAUAAGUAGUCCCAGUGGGGCAGUGACUCCUGGAGCCAGGGCUGACAUGGGGGUCCUCACUGCCCUAUGGGUCUGGCACAGUCUGGAGCCAGCUUUCCUUCCCACACCUCUUCUCCAAUGCAUGGCUGGGGCCUCAGGCUGCCAGGAAAGCCUGGUCUGCAGCAUUUCAAGGUCCUCAGGUUGCAACAGCAGUGGUGCAGCCCCUUCCUCAGCCACGGGCUCCCUCCUUGCCAAGAAGUGCGGCAGGCUGGGGCGGCUCCCACCACUCCAGGGUGGGCCGAAGGAUGCUUGUCUAGAGCAAGGUGCAGGUGAUGGAGCAUGGCUGCAGGAUUGUCCAGAAGGGGUCUGGAGACAGCAGAAGGGCUGUGAGCAGGAGCACACACGCAGUUCUCAGCUGCCUGGGACCUGGCUGGUUUCAGCACUGACUUUGCGAAUGUGUCAAACUUUUUAUUCUGCUCUUUUGAGGCUAUUGCAAAAACAAAAACAAACAAACAAACAAAA